GUCAUUUCCGGGCGUCCAGGAAGUUGUUCUCUCUGGGUGUCCGAGCCGGUUUUCGCUAUGCUUCUGAUCCGAGCAGCCCUGGGGCUCCGGGGUCCUGGUCGGGGUCUGAUCCCAACACGAAGGGCUCUUUCAGCGCUGACCGGAGGAGACCUCGAAGUCCCGGAGCAUGCGUUGACUACAGCAUCCCCAACCUCCGUCGGUGUCCCCCUGCUCCGUCGCUGUGAGCUCCCGGUUCCCGUGCACCGGAGUCCGGUGCAAGCCUGGGUGGAAUCCCUCCGGGGCUAUGAAGAAACGCGCUUGGGCCUGGCCGACCUGCAUCCCGAUGUGUUCUCCGUGGCACCCAGGCUGGACAUUCUACAUGAGGUUGCUAUGUGGCAGAAGAACUUCAAGAGAAUUAGUUAUGCUAAGACCAAGACACGGGCAGAGGUGAGAGGAGGUGGGAGAAAGCCCUGGAGGCAGAAAGGUUCAGGCCGGGCCCGGCACGGGAGCAUCCGCUCCCCCAUCUGGCGAGGAGGUGGUAUUGCCCAUGGUCCACGGGGUCCGACUAGCUACUACUAUAUGUUACCUAUGAAGGUUCGAGUGCUGGGCCUCAAGGUGGCCCUGACAGUCAAGCUGAUGCAGGAUGAUCUUCAUGUGGUAGAUUCCUUGGAGCUGCCAACCUCAGACCCAAGAUAUUUAUCAGACCUGGUUCGGCACCGGUGUUGGGGUGACUCAGUCCUCCUUGUUGACGUGAAUGAGGAGAUGCCCCAGAACAUUGUUUCCGCUGUAUCCAACCUGAAGACCAUCAACCUGGUACCAGCAGUUGGCCUCAAUGUCCACAGUAUGCUGAAGCACCAGACCUUGGUCUUGACUCUCAACACUGUUGCCUUCCUAGAGAAGAAGCUAUUAUGGCACGAUAAGCGCUACACAGCCCUCUACCCAUUCCGUCUGCCCUACAGCGACUUCCCUUGACCUCCAGAGUGACUGUGCUUCCCCACUCCUGGCAUAGCAAAAUAAAGAGUAUAUUUGUCACUUA